CAAUCAUCGAAAAAUAAAUUAGAAAAAAAUUAUAAAGAACAAGCUAGUCGUGGUCCUCCAAGCGCAGUUGCAACGUUCUCCUACGCUCAUGGCUUAAUCAAAUCAUCGAAAUCCGAUGUCAGAAAGGGAAUAAAUCUUUUAGAAGGUCUUCUUCAUAAAGAUACCGAAGACAUUGCCAAACGUGAUUACGUGUAUUAUCUGGCUGUAGCUCAUACUCGUUUGAAGGAAUAUGACCGUGCGCUAGCUUACAUAGAGGUCCUUUUAAGCGCUGAGUCAUCCAAUCGACAGGCUAUAGAACUUAAAGAAUUGAUACAGAGGCGAAUGCGCAAUGAUGGAUUAUUAGGUAUGGCAAUUUUGGGAGGAGGAGUUGCAGUUGUUGGAGGACUUAUCAUAGCGGCACUGGCUGCUUCCAAACGACACUGA